CCCGAGGAGGCGGCUACGGACACACAAGCUGUGCUCGGUUGGCUCCUCAUCAUGCAGCCGCUACUCUGCGCCCUGGCCGGGCUCGCUCUGCUCGGCGUCGAGGCGGCUGCUGAGUCCCCCGGUUCCUCCAGAGAAGAUCUAGCCUGGGGCCCAGGCUGUGACAGACAUGUGGCUAUCCAAGGCCGUUUAGACAUCAUGGAAGAGACAGUGGAGAAGACAGUGGAGCACCUGGAGGCAGAAGUGACAGGUCUGCUGGGCCUGCUCGAGGAACUGGCUUCGAAUCUACCCCCAGGGCCCUUCAGCCCAGAACCGGACCUGCUAGGAGGUGAUCACUUCUGACCAUCAGGGGUAGUGGAACCUGGCAGCUGAAGAACCAAGUCAGGCUUCUUGCCUUCUUGCCCCACCUCUAUGUGAAAUAAACGCUACUACUCGGGCCUA